GAAGACUUUUUUUGAGAAAUUAAAAUGUCGAUCGGCGUGCCCAUCAAGGUCCUGCAUGAAGCAGAGGGACACAUUGUGACCUGUGAAACCAACACUGGAGAGGUGUACAGGGGAAAGCUGAUUGAGGCUGAGGACAACAUGAACUGCCAGAUGUCAAACAUAACAGUCACUUAUCGUGAUGGCCGGGUGGCACAGUUGGAGCAGGUCUACAUCCGUGGCAGCAAAAUCCGAUUCCUGAUCUUACCUGACAUGUUAAAGAAUGCUCCUAUGUUAAAGAGUAUGAAGAAUAAGAACCAGGGAUCUGGUGCAGGAAGGGGCAAGGCAGCUAUUCUCAAAGCACAAGUGGCUGCAAGGGGUCGGGGUCGUGGAGGAAUGGGAAGAGGCAACAUCUUCCAGAAGAGGCGAUAACUCCUCAAGCUUUGUCAAAAAUAUUGUUUUGUAUAGUCCUAUGGGUUUUUUUUUUGUCUUUUGGAUUGGAUAUCUUGGGUUUUGUUUGCAAUGUUAUGCUUUCCAGUAUGUUUCUUUAAUUUCAUUUUUUUAUGAAAAUAAACAUUCGAUUUGAA